GCACAUGCUGAAGAGUGCGGUGCGGUGGGGUCAGACGCCAGCGUGGACGGGAGUAUGACGCCUACGUCCAAGGCGUCACAUAGUGUAGUGUGACGCCUAUGUGUUGGGCACCACAUAAAAGGGUCAGCUUAGCGAAUUUUUUUAAAUACGGUUCAGUUUGUGAUUUUUUUCAUUAGAGAGGUUAGAUUUGUCGAUUUUGCCGCAAUUCCGGCAAGCUUCUGGCAUAAACUACUGGCAAACAGCUAAACCUGCUUCUAGGCUGUAACGAAGAAAACAUCUACUACCUGGUUGAAGGAAACCCUUGCCCUGCAUCAGUUUAUUCCCAUCCCUCAAUGGCUCAUCCUCCUACAGGCCAAGCUAUCCUUUCCUUGCCAACUAGGCUCCCUACCCUUUAGAGGUCAUACUAGCAUUCAGGUGCCUAUAAAGAUGCAAUUUCUGCAACUAAACAUAUCAGACAUAACAAAUCAAUCAAGGUGAACGUCCCAAACGCGUGAAGCCAUGCCGCCUCAUUUCCCCAGCAAUCCCGACCAUGGAUCACACGUCGCAAGGCCAUUCCACAGGCACAAGUCGAUCCACCGGAUCCUGGGCGGAGGGAAAGCCGCGGACGUUCUGCUGUGGAAGAACAGGAAUGUGUCUGUUGGGGUUCUCGCUGGGGCCACGUUGACAUGGUUCCUGUUCGACGUGGUUGAAUACAAUGUGGUUCCGCUCCUUUGCCAGAUCGCCAUCUUCGCUACGCUUGCCAUCUUCAUCGCGUCAAAUGCCGCACCACUCUUCGACAGAGCCCCACCAAGGAUACCAAAAGUCGUCAUCUCUAAGCACGCCUUCAGAGAAAUGGCCUUGACCAUUCACCACAAAUUGGAAUAUGCUCUAUCUCUUCUUUAUGAUAUCGCAUGUGGAAAUGAUCUGAAGAAAUUCCUCAUGGUGGUAGGAUCCCUGCUGGUAUUGUCAGUGAUUGGAGGUUCUUGCAGCUUCACAAGCCUACUCUAUGUUGGAUUCUUGUGCGCCCACACUUUGCCAGUGUUGUACCAACAAUACGAGACACAAGUUGACCAUCUCAUUGCAAGGGGUGGCCAAGACAUCAAGAAGUUCUAUGAGAAGGUUGAUUCCAAUUUGCUCAACAAAAUACCAAGAGGCCCUGUCAAGACGAAAUUCAGAUAAAAUAAACACCAUGAAGCUGUCAGGGCAUAAUAGUAAUUCCUACCAAGAUACUAGAGUAGAUUUCAAGAAAAAUGAACCAACUAUAAGAAAAUAUGAUUGAACAAACCAAGUCCCAGAUGAGCGAAGCUGAUGAAACACCAGUUGAGUUCAGACCUGACUGCUAGCAUUCAGAUGUGCGGUACCUGUUAAUGUAUACAAGCAUACUCCAUCAGCUAAGCAAUCGACUCCCUCCGUCGCAUAAUGUAAGACGUUUUUGCAAGCUAAUAUAACUUGCAAAAAUGUCUUAUAUUGCAAGACGGAGGGAGUAUAUGAGAAGAGCUGUGAUGCUAUAAUCUCAAAAAAAAAAGUAUGUCACUACCAAGAAUUCAACUCUGCUCAUUUUCAAUUGUGGCACCAAUGAGACUGUACAUUCAUGACACAUGAAAAGUGUACAAUACAGCAUAGCAAAAAAGGCAAACAGAAAGAAUUACAUGGCUUUCCAAGAAAAGAAAACAGGACAAUCAUUGCCUUCUGACAUUUGUAGUAGUGAUGGAAUGUGUUCCUGUGUUUACUAAUACAAACAUAACAAUUAUUAUUUGCAUUGCAAAACUAUGAAA